AUGACCCCGAGUGAGUCUACUCCCGAGGAAGCGGCCAACUCUGCUGCCCCAAGCAGUAGUGUGCGUAUUUUGUUUGCUCCUCCGGUCGAAUCCCAUGAAGCAGAUGUUACGGACGAUGGAGAUCGAAGAUUGGAGCUUCAGCGUAAACUUUCUAGGAGAUCGGUCUCUAGUAUGUCCACAAACCAGUCACAAACAAGAAGCACAAGGGGAUUUUCUUUUCAAAGACGACGGCCUCGUGGUCUUUCAGGAUCAUCUAUCCGCUCUGGAGCCUCAUCUAAUUCGAAAAUUUCCAGGCCGCGCUCAGUCUUUGUCGAAAGCGACCAUGAGUCUGACGGGGCCAAUGAUACGGAGGAGGACGUGUGUUUCCCAUUUAACGACGACGCAAGCCAUGAUGGUGUGAAUAUUACAGAACUUGAUCAACUUUUAAACGACUUGACCGAUGAAGAAGAUAAACCAGCUGUCGAGGGCGAGGGCCCAGAUAAUAAUGGGCAGCAUUCUUCCCUGGAAACAAAAGUGGAGGAGUCGCCCAACACGGAGUCCCCUGACACUUUGCAGGAGGAUGUUCUCAAAAGCCCUGCUCAACUUCGUGUUCCGUUCAUGUUUUCUAGGCGUCACGAAUGUAUGCCCGAUUUAGAGCUGCCAGAGCCUCAGAUUGAAAAUUCAGAUUCCUCAACACGGUUUUCUUUCUUUGCGACUCAGAUGGAUUCGACUACUCAUUCCAGUGAUUUAGCCUCUUUGGUUGGUCCCGACGAAUCUUUUGCCUCUUUGUUCAAUUCGAAUAAUGGCAUUUGGUGGCUGGAUUGUGAAAACCCUACUGAAAGCGAAAUGAGAAUUCUUUCUCGUGCGUUCGGUAUACACCCUCUGACGUCAGAAGACAUUCGCACCGAAGAGUCAAGAGAAAAGUUUGAGUUGUUCAAGAAUUAUUAUUUUGUGGUCUUCAACACGUUCGAAACGUGUAAAGACGACCCUGAAUAUCUUGAGCCGAUCAACUUUUACAUCAUCGUGUAUAAUGAUGGUGUGCUAUCAUUUCACUUCAGUCCAGUGGACCAUUGCCGCAAUGUUCGUCGACGUAUGAGACAGCUCCGUGAGUAUGUCGAUGUGACGCCCGACUGGAUCUGCUAUGCGCUGAUCGAUAAUAUCACAGAUACUUUCGCCCCUAUUAUUCAUGAUAUCGAGCAGGAAGUUGAUUUCAUAGAAAAUGCUGUUUUUGUUCGUGAGGAGGGUGAUUCUCGCGACAUGAGCACGAUUUUCGAUCGCCUCGGCAAGACUCGAGGUGUCACAAUGCGGAUGUUACGCCUUCUUACAGGAAAGGCUGAGGUGAUUCGUGGAUUUGCGAAAAGAUGUAAAGAAGUCUGGGCCACUAUGCCAGGAAGCGAAAAUAAUGGAAGCGAUAUUGCGCUUUUCCUCGGCGAUAUCGAGGACCAUUUGGUUUCGAUGUACCAGAAUCUCACGGCUUAUGAAAAAAUUCUGAGUCGCUGUCACUUCAAUUACAUGGGUGUGCUCCAAUUAGAAUUCGUCAACUCGAACAACAGAAUGACGACCGUAUUGAGCAAAGUCACAUUGAUUGGAACCGUUUUGGUGCCCAUGAACUUAGUUACAGGUAUGUUUGGCAUGAACGUCAAAGUUCCUGGCGAGGGUGUUGAGAACCUGGAUUGGUUUUUCGGAAUCUUUGCAGUUGUGGUAUUCACGAUUUGCACAUUAUUAUAUCUUGCGAAUACGUAUAUUACGCGCUUAGGCCGAUGA